AUGUCGAAACCAAAAAAAGUUCGAGGAUAUACAACAUGUAAGGAUAUUCAUGCAAGAAAUUUGGAAGAAAGAAAGGAGGUGACAUUUGAUAAAGGACAAGCGGUGGGACCAACUAAUAAGAUAGUGUCACAAUUAAGCAACUUUAUAGGAACAAUUGCAAGGAAUCCUAGAUUCAUCAGCUUGAUGUACACUAGUUGGCAUGUGGUGCCAAAUGAUAGUAAAAAGCGCAUGGGGGAAUACGUCAAUUCAGAAGGAAAGAAGUGGGUGAUGACUGGUCUUCGUGAUGCUUGGAGGCGACACAAGCAAAAAAUUAAAAAGAAUUUUUCUGAUAAAAACAGUACCCUUGAGGAUAUGCUAGCAAAAUGUCCUGAUGGCAUUCCACAUAAUCAAUUCCGCCAGAUGAUCGAGUAUUGGAAACACCCAACUGUUCAACGUGCAGCCAAAGACAACAACGAAGAACCAUCAAAGCCUGAAACAUUUAUUGCAACUCGUACCAAGACGGGAAAGGAAAUCCAGGCUGAUACACAAAUUGCAAUAGCUGAACUUCAAAAUCGCCAAAAUUCUGGGAAAAUAGCUGAUGAUGCAUUUAGGGCAGUGUUUGGAAUGAAGCAGCCUGGUCGAGUUAGGUGCUAUGGUAGAUCAUUGACAACAAGUUCUUUGAAUAAAGAUGAGGAAAUUAACAAUCUAAAACAAAAGCAUGCCGAUGAAAUCACUUCACUAAAGGAAGAAUUGAGAGAAGAAAUGCGACAUUUGUUCACUCAUUUGCUGCAAAACAACCCUGGAUUGAAUUUUCAAGAUAUACCAGGGUGUGUUGGAUCUAACCUUGCUUCACCUAUUGAUGCAAGUAGUGCACAAGCUGUAAGAGGCACAAAUCUUCCAUUUUCUUCGGGAUCAGCUCAAGAUUCGGUUCUUCAAAAGGCGAUGAACACAAUUAGGACAACUGCGAGAAGAGUAGGCGAAGGGAUUCCGAAGGCGGGAGCUACACCCCAAGGCAAUCGAAUUGCUCCUUAA